GGAAUCGGAGGGACAAAGGGCCCUUUGUCUUUGCCCAGCAUGGACAGCUUCUUCAAGGCGGCUGUUUGUGAUCUGGACAAACUGCUGGAUGACUUUGAGCUCAAUUCAGAGGAGCUCGAAUGCAAACCGGUGUUCCUCAAGCUCUCCCCUCAGUGUCUGCCCCCGGAAGCCCCCCCCCCCGGCCCCCCCCCCGGCCUGCCCGACCUCAGCUCCCUCCGCUAUGGCUCCGCCCCCUCCGGUCAGAGCCGCGGCGGCGAGGAGGAAGUGGCGGAGGUCGGAGGUCAGCCGCUGACCGGCGUGGACCUCCUGUCCUCGGUGGGCCGCGGCCCCCCCCGGAGCUCCGCCCCCCCCUGCCCCGACCGCGCCCUGAAGCCCGUCUGCGACCUGGUGAACGACACCAGCGCCGCCAUCUUGGUCCGGACCAACGGGCAGGACGCCGUCAGGACGCCGGAGGGGGCGGAGCAACAGGAGGAGGAAGAGGAGGAGCAGGAGGAAGAGGAGGAGGAGGAGCUGCUGGUGGACUUUGACAGCCCGGUGGAGCUAAGGGGGGCCGGAGGAGACCAGGAUCAGGAUCCGGAUCUGGGUCUGGAUCUGGACUCUGGGGGCUACUCGGCCUCUCUGAGUCUGCUGGACAUCAUCCUGCCGGUGGCGCCGGACCGAAGUGGCGGCGAGCCGGACGAGGACGAGGACGCCGGCGUGUGCAUGGACGCCGCGGAGGAAGAGGAGGACGAAGAGGAACAGGAGAAGAAGGAGGAGGAGAAUGAGAAGGGGGCGGAGCCUCCGGCCUACGAGGAGGUCGUGAGGUCGCGCGGGGCCGAAAACGGCGAGGAGCGGCGGCGUUCUCCGGAGGGGCGGCGUGCAGAGGCCCCGCCCCCCCCGGCGGAGGCCCCGCCCCCCGACGGCCCCCAGCGCAGCCCCGUGGACCCGCCCGAGUUCGGGUUCGAGUUUCUCCCCGAGAGCGACCAGGCGGAGCUGCUGGUCACCGACGAGGAGCUGGACGCCUUCCUGCGGGCGCACGCCGAGGCCGAGCGGCCGGGCGCCGCCUCGCGCUGCGGGGGAGGGGGCGGGGCCUACGAAUGCGGGGGGGGCGGGGCCUACGAAUGCGGGGGGGGCGGAGCCUACGAAUGUGGGGGGGGCGGGGCCUCUGCCGAGGACGCCGACGGCGCCUCGCCGGAAAGUGACAGAGCGGUCGGGGGGGCGGCGAGUCCUGAGGACGCAUCUGAAAUAAGCUCCGCCCCCUCCAGAAACCCCCCAGAGCCCCAAACGGCGUCCUAUGGCGGCGCCCGACCCAAACAGCCGGCCUGCCAACCCGCCAGGCCUCCAACAGCCGGGGGAGAAGAAGAAGAAGAAGAAGCAGAAGCAAAAGCAGUAGAAGAAGAAGAAGAAGAAGGAGAAAAGGCAGCAGAAGAAGCAAAAGCAGCAGCAGGAGAAGAAGAAGAAAAAGAAGCAGAAGGAAGAGGAGAAGCAGCAGAAGAAGAAGAAGUGGCGUUGGCGUCCCCCCCGGAGGACGAGGAGAGCCCCCCCGGUUUCGGGGACCCCGGCGAGCUCUCGGAGCCGCCGCCGUACCCCGGCGAGCCGGCGGCGGCGGGCGUUGCCGUGGUUGCGGGGCCCAGCUGGAGGCGGGACGGCGAGGAGGAGCUGGGCAGCCGGCAGCCCGCCUGGGUGCCCGACGCCGAGGCCCCAAACUGCAUGAACUGCUACCAGAAGUUCACCUUCACCAAGAGAAGGCACCACUGUCGAGCCUCAGCAGGAGAAGAAGAAGAAGAAGAAAAAGAAGCAGAAGGAAGAGGAGAAGCAGCAGAAGGAGGAGAAGAAGAAGAAGUGGCGUUGGCGUCCCCCCCGGAGGACGAGGAGAGCCCCCCCGGUUUCGGGGACCCCGGCGAGCUCUCGGAGCCGCCGCCGUACCCCGGCGAGCCGGCGGCGGCGGGCGUUGCCGUGGUUGCGGGGCCCAGUUGGCGGCGGGACGGCGAGGAGGAGCUGGGCAGCCGGCAGCCCGCCUGGGUGCCCGACGCCGAGGCCCCAAACUGCAUGAACUGCUACCAGAAGUUCACCUUCACCAAGAGAAGGCACCACUGUCGAGCCUGUGGGAAGGUUUACUGCACCGUGUGCUGCAACAAGAAGAGCCGGCUGAAGUACAUGGAGCGGGAGGCCCGUGUCUGCGUCCUCUGCUUCGACGCCAUCCAGAAGGUGCAGUAA